GAUGAUAUUAUAAAUACCAUGUGUCCCCUUUAAAUCAAUCUAUCAUGAUAAUACUUUUCAGAGGCGUUUUAAUUUAUACAGUCUUUGCAGAAUCAUUGAGAAAGCUGAUAAGAUUACAAAUCUGUGGAAAAUUUCAAGAGACUUUAUCACCCUGCACACAAGGAUUCUCGGCACUACAGGGUAAGUUAUAUUUCGUAAACUCACUGCGGGGUAAGUGCCAGCGCAGAUACUCAUUCCAACCAUAAUGGUUGAAUUGGCAAACACUUGAAGCAAUCAUUUCCUGCUACAGCAAUUCUAAAUUCCGACAAGACUACUCGAGUGUUGAAAGUUGCGAGCUCAACAGCACUAUGCCAUCUUCACCAGCAUUUAAUGAAAGUUUCAGGCACAGAUUGCGUCAGGGACUAAAUCGAUUGCGGCGCAAAUCUAGAGACUCUUCGAGGGAUGCCAAUGUCAAUUCAACGUCGAGAACCCCGACAGAUCCGAAUAGGCUUGCGACUAGUACACAUUCAAGCUUGGAACGUCUAACGUCGCAAGUCAGUUCCAAUUCCCUAAGCCAAGCACAUGAUCUUUCAAAGGAACUACCUACAACCAGAGACGAUACAACUCAAACCCAAAUUGAUCAGAGUACUGCCCUUCCGAGAAUCCAUUCAAGCGGUGUUCAAGAUGACUCCUCUUCCAACCACUUAACGCCUGGCGUUGAAAUCGACUCAGCCAUUGUUUCUUUAGACGUUUGGAGCGCCGCAUACCGUGAAGCAGUAAAUAGUCUUGGGAAAGACAUAGAUUCUACUAUCCUUAAGGGCGAGAAUCUUGCGGAGCUAUUUAAACAACUCGAGACUAUUGACAGAGAGGUGACUCAAGAAUCCGUUUUCUUGAGAGGUGUAAAAUAUUUGCAUUCUCUUCAGGUACCACUGGACAGUUUCAAGCUUGCAUUAGACCUGGCCAGCCCAUUGACGAGUAUUGAACCCACUACCUCGAUGGUCUUUGGUAUUAUCAAAGGCGUAACAGCGAUUGCUAUUAGUAUUUCAAACGCUGAUCUCAAUUUCGCGAAACAAAUCGGGCAAAUGCUAGAACAGCUCUCCUAUAUUGAUGAUUGUGACACUCUUGGUCAAAAAACAAACAAGAUAGAUAUACACAAGGCACUUGUAUUGGUAUAUCAGAAACUUCUAGAGUUCUACGUUACCGCAUUCGAGAUAUUAACUAGAAAAGGAGCAAAACUGGUUAUGAAACUAAUUCUAAAGAACAGCCAUCUACCAGAUAUAGUCAAAGAUUUUUUGGACCAUGCUGACAACCUCCGAAAACUUGUGCAAAAAGCGACAUGGGAGAUUGUUGAGGAUAUUAAAACUAUGCUCUAUGAUUACGAAAUUGGAAGGUGGUUAGGUAGUGAGAAGAUGAGUAGACAAAACCAAUACCAUGUCUCUUUACAGGAGAUUCGAGUCGACGAGGCUUGUAAAUUUUUGCUGGAAGAUAUAAGAUUCAUUGACUGGUGCCGUGCCACCAAUUCCCAACAACUAGUGAUUCUUGGCGAUAUGGGCUGCGGAAAAUCAGUUGCAAUGGCAUAUCUUAUAGAUGAGCUACGCCAACAAAAUGAGCACCAAUUGCCUCAGCCCAAGAUAUUCUACCACUACUGUCGGGAUGAUGAGACUGGUCAGGCUAUUUGUAUCUUCUCGGUUUUGAUUUUAUCCCUUCUUGGACAGUUAUGUGGCUUGAAGAGAACAUUUUUCGAAUGGUAUAAGCAAGCCACGGCUUCCGGAAUCGAGCCAGCGACGAAUUCCAAACAACUAAUCGAAUGGUUGCUAAAAGCCUUAGGAACACUCGAUCGCCCACUUUUCCUUGUGAUCGAUAGUCUAGAUGAGUGCGAUCGAGCUUCCCGGAGAAUUCUUCUCAAGUCGUUGAGAGAUCUGUCUCAAAAAACUCCGAGACUAAAAGUUCUACUCUCUUCACGCCCCGAGGAGGAGAUCCUGCAGCUAUUAAGCGGUAUGGCCAAGAUCAAUUUGAAUUCUGACACUGAGCGAGAUAGAAUCAUUAUUGAAAAAACAGUUGAGAGGCAGUUGUCUUACUUAUCGAAGCCCGUUAAAGUAUUCAUAUCGCAGUCACUAACUCGUUUGGCGCAAGGAAGCGCUAUUUGGACAAAGAUGACAAUUGAGCUCAUAGAAAUCCGCGGAAUCCGGGCGCUUGGUCCGAUGCGAGCUUUCUUGGAAGAAAUACCACAGCCUAAACAGCUUUCAAAGCUUUACGCUAAUCUACUUUCACGAUACACUUUCAAAGAUCCGGAGAAUCAUAAGCUUGCCAUUGCAGCAUUGGAAACCCUCGCCAUCACCCGAAGACCUUUGAGUAUACUAGAACUCGCUUGGGCCGUCCUCGUGAAUACGUAUGAGGAGGAAGAUAUUAGUAUAGAUGUCCUUGCCGAACUCGUAGAUCAUCAGAGAGUAAUCGGCCUAAUUCAGCCAUUCGUUGCUCAAGUUGAUUUCAGCGAUGUCAGAAAGCAUCAAGUUAGACUUGUACACCAGUCGGUAAAAGAGUUCAUUUUCAAGGAAUUGUCCCCAGAUUCGCCUGCUCCAGGAACUUUGGCUAUCUCUACUCAAGGAGGAAUAAAUCAAGUGUUUAUCCAGCAACGUACCGAGAGCCUAGAGGCAGGCAUCAUGAAUACAUGCAUCAAGUAUCUUCUCUUGGAACAUGUCGGCAAUGCUGAUCUAUUCUCUGAAGAGCAAGUGGCAAUCGAAGAGCUGCCUCAAGAUUUUAAUCUACUACUUGAUGACAACAAUGAGUCGAAAGACUACGAUCCUUAUUGUACAUGGGAAACCUGGGAGGAAAACAUGUUACAUUACCUUCCGACUGAACGCGGCUUUGGUGAGCUAUUUGUCUACGCUUCUUGUCAUUGGAUUGAGCAUUUCAGCGCUGUCUCAACCGAAUCUCUAUUACCAAGUCUCGAAAGCAUAGAAAAUCUAUGCCAAGCUGGUUCAACCCGUCUACAUAAUUGGAUCACACAAAACUGUCGUCCGAAAUGCACAAUCAAACCCAGGUUCGUAUUCGACAGUAGUCUUUAUGAUCCCCUCAGUAUCACUUCGCUCUACGGGUCAGAAGAUAUGCUUCGGAUUAUGCUUGAGAGCUCAGACUUCCAAAAAAUCAAAUUCCUCCCCAAUCCAGCUAUAGGUGCUGCAGAGCAAAUUCUUCAAUGGGGUGAUUUGUCCAGACUCAGGCUAUUAAUGAGAAGUAAGAUUGGGUAUCAGAUUCGGAACCUUGACUUUUUUCUGCUCGUCAUGAAACAGUGGUCUAGUAGAAUGGCGCAUAAUAAAUCUCGAAAAGGCUGGGGCGUAGUAUUUGAUCUUGUUGACGAUGUUUCAGAUAUAAUGGUCGAGGAACGAUGGGGCAAUGAACUCUUCCGUAUGGCUGUCAGUAUAGGCUGUAUGCCUAUGAUACAGCGGCUACUAGAUAGAGCUUAUCGAACGGUAGAGCUUAGAUCCGAAUUGUUGAAUAAGCGCGAAUCCCAACAUCAAUUGAUUGCAGAAGCCGUUCUGGGAAAUCACGUGGACGUUUUGGAAUACUUAUUAGCGCAACACGAUAUCAAGGCACACCUUCGAUACCAGAAUUCACAUGGUGAGAAUGUGCUGCAUCUAGCAUCUCGUUUCUGUAAUCCCGCGAUAUUUCGAUGUUUGGUACCUCUUUGCAAGGACAUUGUAUGCCAGAAGGACGAUCAAAACAAUACAGUCUUAAUGCGAAUUAUCAUGAGCCCCUCAGCUGCGCAGAAUCGAAGUGAGUCAGCACGCAUACUGCUAUCAGAAAGUGGAACCGAUGAGAGAGACACUUUUCGGGAUGAGCAGCAAGAAUAUUUAAGGGAAGCGAUGCGACUUGGCGAUAUAGACAUGUGUCACACCUUGAUUCGAGUAGGCAGGAUGAAUCCUCUUCUGGUGGCGAUACACGAUGACAAUGAUCAAAUGACAUUGAAAGAUAAGGCUUCUGGGGAUGAAACAGGCAUAUCAGCAAUGCUAGAAUUACUAUGUGCACAUAGUGAUACAGGAUCGACGUCGACUUAAUGAUUAUCAUCUUUCAAGAUAUACGUUUAUCUGGCUCAGCGUGACGAAAUAAUGCUCGUGACACGC